AUGCUAGACCUCUACACCCCCACGCCCCCACGCCCCCACGCCACCCCAACGCCCCCCACGCCACCCCUACGCCAUCCUGCACCUCCCCACGCCAUUCCAAGCCACCUCCAUGUCACCUCACGCCUCCCCCUCCACCCCCAUGUCUUCCCACGCCACCCACCCACGUCACGUCUCUCCUACUUCCACCAACACGCCAUCCCUACUCCCUCCAACACGCCACCUUACACCUCCACACACGCCUCUUCUAACACACCACUCCACGCCUCCUACACACGCCCAUUCGUCUCCAUGCUUCCUCAAUACACGCCCCAUCAAACAACCACAUAUGCUCCUUCUCCCCACGCCACCCCACGCCUCCACACGCCUCUUCUAACACACUCCUCCACGCCUCUUAAACACGCACCUUCACCUCCAUGCUUCCCCAAACACGCCCAAUCAAACUCCCCACACACGCCUCUUCUUCCCACGCCUCCCCACACGCCACCCCACGCCUGUUCACCGACGCACCCCCAAAACAGCCCCUCACAAGCCUAUGACCCCUUAGCUAGCACCCAACGCCCCUCCAACCCCCCGGACACGACCCCAGCACCCUCCCACGCCUCCCCACGCCCCCUGUAG